AUUUGCCGUCAUCACCCAACAACAAACCCUAGUUUUCUUUUCUUUUUUGGAUCUGAAGAAUCUCCAUGACGAUUCUCAUCGAUCGCCACUCUGAUCAGAACGAUGCAGGAGAUGAGAUUGUAGAGAAGAAUCAGGGGAAUGUUAAAGAGGAAGAAACAGAGUUGGUUCUAGAUGCAGGUUUUGAGGCUCCUCACACCAACUCCUUCGGUCACACGUUUAGGGAUUAUGAUGCUGAGAGUGAGAGGAACAGAGCUGUGGAGGAAUUUUACAGGGUUAAUCACAUUGGCCAAACCGUUGAUUUCGUGAGGAAGAUGAGGGAAGAAUACGGGAAGCUAAACCGUACUGAGAUGAGCAUUUGGGAAUGCUGUGAGCUUCUGAAUGAGUUUAUCGACGAGAGUGAUCCCGAUUUGGACGAACCUCAGAUCGAGCAUUUGCUUCAAACAGCUGAAGCCAUCAGGAAAGAUUACCCUGAUGAAGACUGGCUCCAUCUGACCGGUCUUAUCCACGAUCUCGGAAAAGUUCUUCUUCACCCUUCAUUUGGUGAGCUCCCUCAAUGGGCUGUUGUUGGCGAUACAUUUCCAGUGGGAUGUGCAUUUGAUGAAUCUAUUGUUCACCACAAGUACUUCAAGGAGAAUCCAGACUAUGGUAACCCGAGUUACAACACUAAGUACGGGAUAUACACUGAAGACUGUGGGCUCGAUAAUGUGUUCAUGUCUUGGGGACAUGAUGAUUACAUGUACCUUGUUGCGAAGGAGAAUCAAACUACAUUACCACCAGCCGGUCUUUUCAUCAUCAGAUACCAUUCGUUCUACGCUCUUCACCAAUCAGAAGCCUACAAGCAUUUGAUGAACAAUGAAGACAGAGAGAACAUGAAGUGGCUGAAAGUGUUCAACAAGUAUGAUCUCUACAGCAAAAGCAAAGUCCGUAUAAACGUGGAGGAAGUGAAACCAUAUUACCUCUCCCUUAUCAACAAGUAUUUUCCGGCCAAGCUAAAAUGGUGAAAAAUUACAAGCAGAAAGCUUUCUACUAAAAUGGAUGAGAGGAA